CCCCCAGAUGCAGGCCUACAACGAGAUCGCGACGCCGGGGCACCACCAUCGUUCCAGGCUGCUGUCAUCUCGACGUGCAGGUUCCGCUGGCUGCCGGGCCCUGGCGAGCUCGACUGCCACGCUCGGAUGACGACGCCGGCACACAUGUACCCAAUUUCACAUGCACGCCGCCCGCAGCAGGUUCGAGCAUGAGAUUUGAGCCCUGGUGCUGCUCCACCUCGGCGCGCAAAUGACAUGCGCCAGGUAACGCCCGUCGCUGCUACCUCUACUACUGCUGCUCAAUGUGGCCAAGUCUCGCAACCUCACCAUGUCCGCCAGAGGACACGAGAGAAAGCAAUGGGCACCUCAUCCCUAUCUGGCUGGCAACUUUGCGCCGGUAACCACAACCUCAGCGCCGCAGCCUGUCGAGUACUCGGGCACCGUGCCAGAUGAGCUCCAAGGGGGCAUGUACGUGCGGAAUGGCGGCAAUCCCAUAUCCAAUUCCGACCUGGGGCGAGACGCCCACUGGUUCGACGGCGAUGGCAUGCUCACGGGCGUUUGGUUUGAUCGCGCUGCAGCCGGUACAAAGCUGCCUACGCCACGCUUUGUCAACCAAUUCAUCCUGACCGAUCUGUGCCUCUCGACUCUUGAAAAUUGCACGUUGAGAACGCCUGUCAUGCCAAGUAUCACCACCUUGGUGAACCCGGUAGCACGAAUGGUCGAAAUUCUCUGGAGGAUCUUUCGAAGCGCCAUCUUGGUUCUCUUGUCGCAUCUUCCUGGCUCUGCGCAAGCCAUCAAGAGGAUCAGUGUCGCCAAUACAAGCAUCUUGUAUCACGACGGACGGGCGCUGGCGACAUGCGAGAGCGGACCUCCUAUACGCAUUCAGCUUCCAGGACUCGAGACUGUCGGGUGGUACGAUGGAAAUCGGACGGAAGGCGAGCCUAUAGAAGAGCAGAGAGAUGACGGCCCUGGUUUUGGUGGCACUGGAAUUAACAGCUGGAUGCGCGAGUGGACCACUGGACAUCCAAAAGUCGACCCUGCGAGUGGUGAAAUGAUGCUCUUUCACUGCAACUUCAUUCCACCAUUCGUCCACUACUCCCUCCUUCCGCAAGAGCAGUCGAAAACCCAGUCGCAGCCAUCGGCGUACAAGAAGUUGCUGAACGCCCCAGUGCCGGGAUGCUCGGGCGGUAAGAUGAUGCACGACUUUGGUGUUUCCAGGCAUCAUACCGUGAUUCUGGAUCUACCACUCACCCUCUCUCCGUUCAACAUGAUGAAGAACAAGCCGAUCGUCGCCUAUGAACCCAAGAAGGCAGCUCGAUUUGGAGUUUUUCCUCGCCGGGUUCCUUCGGCAGUGCGUUGGUUCGAGACCAGUGGUUGCUGCAUUUUCCACACGGCAAAUACUUGGGACGAGUUGGACAGUAUGGGUCACACGGUUGCGGUUAACAUGCUGGCCUGUCGUCUGACUUCCGCAUCCUUGGUAUUCAGCGCAGGAAACCUCACACCCCCGCCGCAUCCGAAUCACAAGGGACCGCAAUAUAACAAGCGAAUGUCCUUCUUUGCGAAGUACGAUGAUGAUGACGGGGUGAAGGACCUAGAGAAGGUUUCAAGUAAUGAACGUACGGCUCUACUAGCGGAAGAUCAUCUCGCAAAAUAUGGUCCCCCAACUCCACCCAUCUCGGAAGACGACGAAGAACAGUGCCGCCUCUAUUACUACCGCUUUGACAUAUCAAAUACCGCAUCCAACAAGAUCACCGACCAAUACGCGUUAUCGAGCAUUCCCUUCGAGUUUCCUACGGUCGCUCCAGAUGUGGAAAUGUCGUUUGCUCGUUUUAUUUACGGUUGCAGCACCUCCAACGCUUCUUUUGGUGCUGCCCUAGGAAAAGCAACAAAAAUCGAUGUGAUCGUCAAGAUGGACGCUGAGACCUUGCUCGCACGUGCGAAGGCCACCCCUCCGGACAGCGUAUCGGGAUGCCUGGAUACACGCUCUGUUCAAGAAGUUAUCGCCGCCAACAACCCCCAGGAUCCUAUCCGCAUCUUCGAACUCCCGCCACAUCACUUCGCGCAAGAAGCGCGGUUCGUAUCUCGGCAAUCUGCCAUCAGUGAAGACGACGGAUUUCUUCUGUUCUACGUGUUCGACGAGUCACAGCUUGACGAAUCUGGCGAGUGCAAGCCUGAUGCGACUAGCGACCUCUGGGUACUCGAUGCUAUGGAUAUGCGGACUGUAAUCUGCAAGAUACAUCUGCCUACAAGGGUACCAUAUGGUCUCCAUGGGAACUGGUUCAGUGAGGAGAAGAUACAAAAACAGCGGGCAGUAGAAACUUUGAGAGAUAUGCCGGUAGAGGGAAAGCGGACAACAUGGAAGAAAGUCAAGGACUAUUUGAUAGAUGCUCUGAGAUAGGCUAAGCCUUUGGUUUUGAACGGAGUUAGUACCGUUGCGCAGCUGGCUGUGCGAUCUGAGGCGGAUAGAUACCCACAAAGUAAUGCAUAAUGUUAUCAACG